CGGGCCGGUUGCCCAGAUGGUGGACCCUACUCUAGCAGAAAUGGGGAAGAAUCUGAACGAAGCAAUGAAGAUGCUGGAAGACAAUCAGAGGAAAGUGGAGGAGGAAAAUGAAAAGAAAUAUGCACGGAAGGAUAUUCCUGGACCACUCCAAGGCAGUGGCCAGGAUAUGGUGAGCAUACUCCAGUUAGUUCAGAACCUAAUGCAUGGAGAGGAGGAAGAGGAAACUUCACAGUCCUACAGACUUCAGAACGUUGGUGAACAGGGUCACAUGGCUCUACUGGGACAUAGUUUGGCUGCUUAUAUAUCUGUGCUGGACAGGGAAAGACUGAGAAAACUUACAACGAGGAUCCUUUCUGACACUACUCUCUGGCUCUGCAGGCUUUUCAGGUAUGAAAAUGGAUCAGCCUAUUAUCAUGAAGAUGAUCGUGAAGGUCUCCUAAAAAUCUGUCGACUUGUAAUUCACACCCGCUAUGAAGAUUAUACACUCGAGGGCUUUAAUGUGCUCUACACUAAGCAGCCUGUCAUAUACAUCAGUUCUGCAGCCAGGACAGGCCUGGGCCAAGCUCUCUGCAAUCAGUUAGGGUUGCCCCUUUCCUGCAUGUGCCGUGUGCCUUGUAACACUAUGUUUGGAUCUCAGCAUCAAAUGGAUGUUGCUUUGUUGGACAGACUGAUUAAAGAUGAUGUUGAGUUUGGAAAACUGCCUUUGUUGCUUGUGGCCAAUGCUGGGACUCCGGGUGCUGGGCACACGGACAAGCUGGGCCGGCUGAAGGAGCUCUGUGAGCAGCACAAGAUGUGGCUCCAUGUGGAAGGUGUGAAUCUGGCAACUUUGGCUUUGGGUUAUGUCUCCUCUUCUGUACUGGCUGCUACAAAAUGCGACAGCAUGACUCUGACUCUGGGUUCCUGGCUGGGGCUCCCUGCAGUGCCUGCAGUGACCCUCUACAGACACGAGGACCCAUCCUUGUCCUUGGCAGCGGGGCUGACGUCGAGCCAGCCCGUGGAGAAGCUCCGUGCCCUGCCCCUGUGGCUCUCCUUGCAGUACCUGGGCCAUGAUGGCAUUGUGGAGAGGAUAAAACAUGCCUCACAACUGAGUCAAAGGCUGCUGGAAAACUUGAAAAACCUGGAUUUCAUUAAAACCUCGGUUGAAGAUGAACUGAGUUCACCAGUGGUGGUUUUCAAGUUUUUCCAGGAAUAUUCAAAUAGAGAUCAGACCUCACAUGCUGCACAGGCCUCAACUAUUCAGCAUCCCAUAAUAAGCAACGAAGGGCACAUUUAUGACACCUUCAAUCAGUGGCUGGGAGAGCAGCUGGCACAGCUGGUUCCUGCCAGCGGAGUCGAUGUGGUGGAACUGGAGGAUGAAGGCACGUGCGUGCGCUUCAGCCCACUCAUGACUUCUGCAGUUUUAGGAACUGAAAUACAAGAUAUUGAUCACUUGGUAGACUGCUUAAAAAUGAAGAUUCCAGUGUUGACAAGCACACUGCAGCUGAGAGAGGAGUUUGAGCAAGAAGUGAGAAGAACAGUUAGCCUGUUGUAUAUUGAAGAUCUUGGCUGGCCAGGGUUAGGUGUUGUGAGGUACAACUAUCACAGUGAUGAGAAGAAUGACGACAAACAAGAAAAAGAACUAGAAAAAAUCAAUACAGAACUUCUGAAAAAGUUAAAUGAGCUGGAGUCGGAUCUCGCCUUUUCUUUGGGUCCGGAAUUCGGAGGGCAGAAGAACUGUGUUUACAUUGGCAUGGUCACAGAGGAUCUGGAUGUGUCAGAAUUGGUUGAAACUAUUGCAGCAACAGGCAGAGAAAUUGAAGAAAAUUCAAGACUGUUGGAAAACAUGACUGAAGUUGUUAGAAAAGGAAUACAGGAAGCACAGCUUCAGCUUCAGAAAGCAAAUGAAGAACGACUGCUGGAAGAGGGGCUGCUGCGACAGAUCCCCGUGGUGGGCUCUGUGCUGAACUGGUUUUCUCCCUUCCAAGCCUCGCCCAAGGGAAGGACGUUCAAUUUGACAGCAGGCUCUCUAGAAUCCACAGAAUCUAUGUAUGUAUCGAAGGCCCAAGGAACAGGCAGCACUCCACCACCAACUCCCACUUCCAGCCUUGCAAAACAAAGACUUCCUGGUCAGAAAGCUUUCAAAAGGUCUCUGAGAAGCUCUGAUGGGUUCAGUGAGACCAGUUCCAUCAGCCACUGUGAUGACCUGGACAAGCUGGAUCAGAGAGCCCCAAAUCUCUCCCCUGGCCAAGAGCAAGGACCUUUGGAGGUGGAAAGAGCAGAGGAGCAGGAGGUGGCGCAGGCAAAGACAGACACUGAGGACAUUCACAGUGACCAAUCGCCACCAGACUGCACCAAGGCAGAGGACCAAGCAAGUCUAAGAUAAAAUCCAGAGUGUGGAUUUGAGACUGUGCUGAGCAGGCCCCUGCCCAGGCAGGCAGGCUGGUAACGGUGCAUUGAAGAUGUGAACAGUGCCACACACAGUACAGUAAUAACUACUGUAACUUAUUAACUGGGAUUUUGCACAAAUAUACAUUCCCUCCCCUGGGACAGAGAUUUGUCUUAUUGUACACUUGUUACAGUUGCUUUAAUCCUCUCCAUGUUGGUGUCACCAAAGCUGUAGUGAAAUUUGAGUGCUCAUGAACGUUUGUAAAAACACUUGGCAGUUAUCCUUCCUGCAGGGGUCCACGCAUGCCAGACUGCUAACUAACCACUCAGCCAUGCACAUGAUGAAAAAUACAGCUGCACCCAAUAAUUAUAAAAUUAUCUUAUGUUACUAUACUUUAUAAAAAACAACUGCCAGUUGUUCACCUUUUUAGUAUUUAAAAUUCAGUUUAGGCUCUCCUGCAAAACUUCUCCUGAAGUCACCCUAGUUCUGUGUUGCUUCUUUCCUGUUACCUUACCCACAGCCUGCCCCAGAGCCGUGGGUGUGGGCACUGGGCAGGGACAGGUGCCCUGUGGGUGGGAGCCACUGAGGAGCACUGGGCCAUCUCCCCUUUGUUCCUGCUCUUGUACCACUUCACCCCCAGCCACGGCCCUGCGUAUGCUGGGACUGAGUUAGUGGAUUUUCAGCCUUCUAGGAAGCAGGAGUGCCUCUGCAUGCCUGGCCAGCUUCCUACCCUGCCUGGGAAGGAGCACAAGGCACUGUUACUUUCCUUUGCACGGCAUUUACACACCAAAUACUGAACAUGUUCAUGCAGUGUAACUGAGUUCUUUCUGUUGUGUAUUUUUAAAGAUAGCUGUAGUAAAGCUUGAAAAACCAA